AUGACACCUCCAUUCCCGCCAAGCUUCAUGGCAUCGAGGCGAUAUCGAUGGGCAGCAGGACUUACUUUGGCCUUCUUCGUCUUCUUCAUCCUCUCAAAUAACGGAUUCCUUUCCCAGAAGCCAUUGGAGAAAUUCCACGGCUCAAUCGAGGUCGACUGGUCGCGCUUUGCUUACACGCAAUAUGUCACCAAUAGCGAUUAUCUCUGUAACUCAGUCAUGUUCUUUGAAUCGUUGAAUCGCCUUUCUAGUCGUGCCGACCGUGUGAUGAUGUAUCCUUCUCACAUGUUCGAGGCAAAUAACGGCAGUUCUGUGGAUACCCAAUUGCUGAUCAAAGCUCGCGAUGAAUAUCGAGUCAAGCUCGUUCCUAUCACAGUUCAGCACAAGGACAAUAAAGAUGAUACCUGGGCUGAUUCAUAUACAAAGCUCCUCGCUUUUAAUCAGACUCAAUACAGUCGCGUGCUUUCUAUCGAUUCUGAUUCCACGCUCUUACAAGAAAUGGAUGAACUAUUCCUUUCGCCCCCAGCACCAGUAGCCAUGCCAAGGGCCUAUUGGCUGUUUCCUGAGAAGGAGAUUCUCUCAUCUCAGGUGAUACUCAUCCAGCCUUCUGAAAAAGAAUUUGCUCGGAUUAUGGCCAAGGUGGAUUCUGCUUCUGAGAACGACUUCGAUAUGGAGAUUGUGAACUACCUGUAUCGUGAGAGUGCCCUUGUCCUGCCGCAUCGUCCCUAUGAUCUGUUAACGGGCGAGUUCCGUGCAGACAAUCACAAGAGGUAUCUCGGCUCUGAUACCGAGCCUUGGGAUCCCGCCGCUGUCUAUAACGAAGCCAAACUCGUCCAUUUUUCUGAUUGGCCGCUUCAUAAGCCAUGGAUACAAUCGGAUGAGGAGCUUCGCCUCCAAUCACAACCCAACUGCACAACUUUGGCAGAUGGUGCAGAGGACUGCUCGGCAAGGAUAAUAUGGAACUCUUUCUAUACAGAUUUCAAACGAAAGCGGAAGGAAAUUUGCGGACUGGAUGAGGUGAUAUUGUCCAAGGAAGAGUACGAGGAAUGA